UACACUAGUUCAGAGUUUAUCUUUCUUCUUCCAAUGUAGAAAGAGAAAAAUUAACUGUGAACUAGUGCACCUAUAAAAAACAGGCCUUAUGUUAUGAUGUUUUGUGUAUGAUUUCGUGUGGCUGUGAUAGAUUUCCUAAUCUGAACCUGAAGUUUAACGAUAAAGAGAUUUUAAGAAGAAAAGAUUGGAAUAAAAUAGGAGUCAUUUUUAAUUUUAAAAAAUGGGCAGGAUGCCAGGAUUAUUUGUCAGUGCUUUUGUCCUAUAUCACCGCCUCUACGUGAUAUAACCCCAAAACCCCUUCCGGUUCAAAUUAAUAAUACAUGUCUUAUACGAGACGAAUAAAAAAUAUUUAACGUCAGUUUUAUCGUUUCGCGGGGCUUUUCUCUGUUGGAUUCUUUAAUUUCGCACAAAAACAUGUCAAAUGCGUAAUUUUAUCAAUAUUAUAUACAUGGAGCUCAGAAAGACUAAACUAAAUAUUUAUUUUAAAAAAUUGUUUCUUAAAAAUAAUGUGCCGAUAUUAGUUGGGACAGUUUGUUGAUAUAAAAUGAGAUGUGGAACUCACAGAUUUUCUCGUUUCGUGCAAAAAUGCGUCAAAGCCUAAUUUCACAAAAAUCGGACGUGAAGAGGUCUCUACACUAAACUAAAUAAUUACCAAAAUGAAUUACCACGAAGUAUUAUCCACACUAAUAUUUAGUAUUGAUGAUCAAGCUACAAAUUUUGAUGAUAAGGUGGCACAAAUGAUUCAGAAGAUAAAGCCGCUUCUACCAGACGAUGUAAAGCAAUGUGUCGAACAUUUCUCUGUGAGAAAACAAUACCUUCAUAUAUUAACUUAUAUAUUGCGUGGCAUUAAACAAGAAAAUACAGAAAUAGACACUGAUAUACCUUUUAAUGUCAGCCAAUAUCGUUCUGUGAAAAUUGCUGUGGAAUUCAUAAUAUUAAUCGGAAUUAAGCCUUCUCUACUACCUGGUGUAGGUAUAGAUAUAGAAAAAUUAUGUCCCAUAUCUUCAACAAUUGCCCAAGAAAAAGAUUUGAGCUGCCUGGAGAAAUAUGAACGGUUAUGUUCUUCAACACACUUACUCUUAGAAAUGUUCGACGAUCUUAAUUUGCAACCAGCUGUACUUUUACGAAUCGGCCCACUAAUAGCCGCUCUAUUACAAUUGUCUCAUGCUCCUCUUGCUAAACCAUCGAAUGACGUUCAAUCCACGAAUUUGAAUAGUCAGGAAUUUCGUAUGACAACGGAAGAAUAUCAGAGGCUGCAGAAUCGUCAAAGAGAAUUUUGCACUAAAUUAAUUUCGCUAUUAAAUAAUUGCCCACGUGACAUAUGCUUUCGGGAAUUAAUGGUGAUUCUUGGAGUGCAAAAUGCACCAAGGUGGCUACGUAGAGAAACUCAGAACUAUUUAAUUAAGAUGCUUAUGCAACCGAAUGGAGUAUCAUCUUUGAUCACCACAAUUUACAACGAUGGUUUGGACUUGGGUGCGGAUUGGAGAAAAUUAGAUACGCUUUCUCGAUUGGUAGCAGCAACGCAUGGAAAGAAUAUCGAUGAGUAUUACAAAGCCGUAUGUCCGCAGAUUUUAGAUAUGUUUUCCUCAGAUAAGUUCAAGCAUGGCUCAAUAAUAGCAAACUGCUGUAUUAAAUCUCUGUAUGAUUACAAUCCACAUGCCUGUCAGAAGUAUAUUAUAGAAGUCGUUUGUGUACCUUUAAUAAUGAAGGGAUCACAUGUUGUAAAAUCUGAAAAAGAAGUAGAACGUUGUAUAGAAAUAUUAGCGAAAUGUUUCCUUACGGAGGAUGCCAAGUUCAAGCAUGUACCUUGCAAAGUUAUCUUGCACAUCGCUACGCCUCUGUUUUGCCUUUAUGAUAAAGUCCGCGAAAGUGCUUGCACAUUGAAAACGAAUUUACGACGACUGUUAUUGAAAAUCUUCGAGGAAGAGACACGGGAAAAACUGUAUUCAGCUUGUCUAGGACACGAUACGUCAGCAGGAUUUGGAGAUUAUGUGAAGUCAGAAUUUGGACCGACUGGCGGUAUCGAAAUUACUGGCUUGAAUGAGAAUUUGAACUACGAGAAACUGGCUGAUACUAUUUUCGACCUAGUGUCCACCGCUAAAGACUUGUCUCCCAGUUUAUUCUGUUACAUGUUGAAGUUCCUGUCAAAUGUAAAUAAAUGGAGCGAAAUUGAACAGCCAAAAACAUUGGAGACGGAAGACGAUAAAAUAGAGCGCAUCACGAUGCAAUUAGCGGCUCAUAAACUUCUCUCGCAACUAGCCAGCACGAGUACCGUCCAAGACGCACAAGUAAAAAAUCCCGAGCCGCUGCUGUCGUUCAUAAAGUCGCUGUUCGACGAGUACACGAAAAGCCAUCUGGAUAAAACCGAAGAGAGUGAAUGCGAGAUGCUGUACAUUAGCUUGAUGCUGAUAAAAAUGAUCCUGCUCGAGAAGAGUGCAGCGAUUGAGAUUGAUUUCUUCCAAGAUUUUAAAGCGUUUUUAGAGGAUCGUCUGAAGAACUCGAAUAUACCGACGCAACUUGGAUCAUUGAUCAACGAAGUGGUUGCCUGCAUCACGACACAUGAUUCUCGAGCUAGAACGGAGAAGAAAUACUAUCAAGACUUGUCAAGUUCGUCGGGCAAAUUUGAUGAAGCACUGAGGGAUCUCGCGGACCCAUUGCUUCCUGUUCGGGCGCACGGUCUUGUGACACUCACGAAACUCAUCGAGACUAAAGAUGCUUACGCCGUUGCGCGUAACGCCUUCAUUUUGCGUCUGUUCCAGGAGAAUUUGAAGCAUGAGGACUCGUUCAUAUAUCUGGCGACUAUCAACGGUCUGUGCGUAUUGGCAACUGAAUUCCCGGAAAAGGUCAUAGAAACGCUGAUGCUCGAAUACAUUGAUAUGCCCGCACGUGCCGCAAUCUCGGACGUAACUGUCGAAACUAGGAUAAAGCUCGGGGAGAUACUAGUCAAAACAACGAGAGCCUUGGGUGAAAUGAGUGUGGUUCAAAAAAACAUGCUGGUUAAUGGCUUUUUAUGCGCAAUCCGUGAUCCGGAUCCUCUGGUGCGAGCCUCUGGUCUUUCUUGCUUAGGGGAGCUCUGCAAGGUAUUGAACUACCGUCUGGGAAACAUUCUCACCGAAAUUCUCUAUUGCGUCACGUGUAUAUUGAAAUCAGACAAAGUACCCGAAUGUCGGCGUGCCGCCGUGCUGGUCGCGACGCUUCUGUUUCGCGGUCUUGACCGAGACUUGUUGAGCAGCUGUACCAGCGACAUGAUCGACCUGUACCGCGAAUUGCGCAAUUUGCGCGACGACACGGACGACGUGCUACAGCUUCAUGUUCAGCUAGCUCUGGAGGAGAUCGAUCGCAUCAUGCGAGAUCUGCUUACGGGAUUACCCGCAUUCGGAAAGGAGAUGUUUGAUCAGUGGAAUUCAAUGUCCAUUCGAACACAGCCGUCUAUGAACCAAUCGAAAAAUCCAAAUAAAUUUCUUUAAAAAAAAUAAAGAUUCAGUCGAACGCGCUGAU